UGAAAAGACGUCUUGUACUCAGAAAGGAAUAUUAAUCAUCAGUGUUGUGACAUAUACAGUUACCUUAGUAUUUGUUAUUUGGGCUCUAAAAAUAAUCGCUGACGAUUUUUUAGUGUAGUUAAAGAUGUCUACCCCAGCAAGAAGGCGACUCAUGCGAGAUUUUAAGCGGCUCCAGGAGGAUCCUCCAGCCGGCGUCAGUGGAGCUCCAUCUGAGAACAACAUCAUGGUGUGGAAUGCAGUUAUAUUCGGUCCAGAGGGAACACCUUUUGAAGAUGGUACUUUCAAACUCACAGUUGAGUUCACAGAAGAAUAUCCAAACAAGCCCCCAACUGUGCGGUUUGUUUCAAAGAUGUUUCAUCCAAAUGUGUAUGCUGAUGGCAGUAUCUGCUUAGAUAUUCUUCAAAAUCGGUGGAGUCCAACUUAUGAUGUUUCAUCUAUUCUGACAUCAAUUCAGUCCCUUCUAGAUGAGCCAAAUCCCAACAGCCCCGCGAACAGCCAGGCAGCACAACUGUAUCAAGAAAACAAACGAGAAUAUGAGAAACGGGUGUCAGCCAUUGUAGAGCAGAGCUGGCGGGACAGUUGACCACAUUCGCAGACCAUGUUCUCACUGAAACUUUGUUUUUCUUUUGUUUGGCUCUGUUGUUGGGGGAUAGUUUUUCAGAUCUCCAUUUUUAAGUUUUUAUGCACUUUACUCAUGCAAGAUUGUGAUUUUUGUUUUAUUUCUAUCCCACAUUUUUUGCCUGGACUGAUUUUCAACCUUCAUUAAGAUCACUGAAAUGGGUUAACAUCCCUGGUGAAUAAUGCUUGACUAAUUUUGCAUAUGACAUGAACAUGCAGUGAUUGUCCUUCUUUGCUAAAUGCAAAAGCAUUCUUUAAAAAAAAGAAAGAAAAGAAAACAUUAUGGUUGAGUCAAUCAAGGCAGCCUGAUUUGGAUACAUGACUCACUAAGAGACUUUAAUUUAAGUCAUAGUAGAGUUCAUGAAAAUGUUCUUGGUGCUUUGUCAAUUUUAAUAUCAUGGUUUCACUCGAAAAGCAGUUAAAAGUGUCUUUUUAAUUUCGGUUUUGCUUCCAUUGUUCUGGAUUAGCAUUCGUUAUGUUGAUUUAGUCACGACUCUUCUUUGCUCUGCCAGAGGUGGGUAGUGAGUACGCACUGAAAAUGCAUAUAAGAUGUUUGUAGACAGGCUUGAGGGUUUAUAGAAAUUAUCAAAUUAUGUUGACAGAAGAUGGCAAUAUGGUAUGGAGUAUAAAAAAUAUAUUUACUGAUCGAAAAAGAAAAAAUUAGAUUUGCUGGAAUUAAAGUACUCAAAUAUCUUCUAAAAUCCUCCAGAGACCCAUGUUAACUGCAGUUACUUAAUAUCUUCUCAUGGCUUGCAUCACAAGUCCAAUCAAACAGUCAAGUGAAAUAAUGUCUUCAGGUCUUUUUCCAAGCCCUUGAUCUUUGCAGAUGUAUGCCCUGUUACAUGCAUGAAUGCCUGAGUGUGUCCUUGCCUCUAUUAAUCUCUUGUAUAUACAAAAACACAUCUGAAUUUUGUGUACAGAUUUUGCACUGGUUGGCAAUCUCAUUUUCCAGCACUUGUAAAUACUUAAAUAAAAGGUGAAACUAC